AUGAGCUCGGAUAGGAAUGAGGUACUGGGAAAGAUUGGACAGCAUGAGAAACUGGUGAUUGACAUGCCGGUCAUGGAACCGAAUGUAGUUGUGUAUGAGGAAGACGAAGAGAAUGAAAAUCCGUCGGGGCUGCAGACGCCCAACUUGAGCGAGACGAUGGAAACACUGAAGCGGACGCUGAGUUUUAGCGGCAUCCAGGAGAUGUCGGGCCAGUCCCGUGCAGAGGUGCGUCGCAAGAUUCAGAACAAGGUUUGGCGCCCCAAGGACGAAGAGGCGCGCAUUCCGAACGACUGGGAACGGCUGUUGGUACAUGUCGUUCGCGCUGGUGCACGAGCCUUUAUGCUUUCGUACGGACUGCGAAGCAUGAUGACAUUUUUGCUUACGCUCGUCAAGGCGCUCCGUUCCCGAGGUAAGAUUGAGAAGGUUGCGCUUAAGAAUGCGUUUGUGGGGGAAGAUACGGUACGGUUUGCGUUGAUGUUCGGGGUCUGGUCCUCCCUGUAUAAAUUUGUGAAUAACGCACUGCGACUUCUUACGCCGCUCCCGCCUGGUAUGACCAAGACGAUCUUGAAGCAGCGUAAGGCCAAGGCGCAGGCCCGUCUGCUUGUCGCCGAUGAGCCAGAAGGCGGUCUGACCAUGAACUCCAAGCACAAAAAGCAGGACUCGAACAAGAAGGAAUGGCGUCAUCUUUCGUUCUACGACCCGCGUGUACGCUACUGGCAUCCGUAUGUGAGCGGCGCCAUCUCUUCUUUAGCCCUCCUUGUGGAGAAGAAGAGUCUAGCCCAGUCGUUUGGCCCCCAGCUCUUUGUGCGUGGGCUGCAAGGAACGUACACCAUGGCCAGCACCAUGGGCCUUGUCCAUAUCCCGCACGCAGCCGUCCUUGUGUUUGGUAUUGCAAAUGCUCAGAUCAUGUUUUCGUGGCUGAGCAUGCCGAGGUUCCUGCCGCGCGCGUACAAGCUCUGGAUUGACAAGGCGUCUGACUUGAAUCCGAGGGUGUUGGAAUCGUACCAGAAUGCUAUGCAUAACGGCGCGCCGGAUCCUUGGGCACUUGUCGAUGUGCUCGGUGGCCAGCUCCCCGAACCCAGCAGCACGAAUCCGCUGCAAUAUCCAAGCCGCCCGGGGAACAAGUUCUCGCCUCGCGGCAUCAGUGGCACGACAUUCGCCAAGGUACGUCAGUGGAUGGACGAGGGCACUGUAAACCAUUUCCCUACGUGCCACUUGUCGCAUCCCCACAACAACAACCAUCUUCUUGUGACCAUUCAAAACUUCUUUAUCAGCUGGAAAUGGAUCAUGCCCGUCUACUUGACGCUUUACUUUGUACCGACGCUCUUCCUGCGUCCCAAGUACCUCUUGAAGGACCCCAAGACUGGAUUUUCGCGUAUUUUCAUGGGAGCCACGCGGUCUUCUGCCUUCUUGGCGACGUACAUUGGUAUUGUCAAGUCCACAUUUUGCUUGCUUCAUGAGCUUAGCGACUACUUCCACUACGGUCCGUUUAAGCAUACGAAGUGGGCACAAGCACUUGAUGUCUUUUUUGCGCAGGACAGGCUAAAGAUGCUGCCGGGCUUCCUUUCAUCCCUGUCGCUGUUUGUCGAGGAUCAGCGCAGGCGCAGCGAGCUGACUGCAUACGUCGUGCCCAAGGCUCUGGAGAGCUUCUGGGCCAUGGGACGAGUAAAUGGUUACUUCCCUUCUGUCCCUGGGGGCGACUAUCUGCUCAGUGCCGUUAGUAUUUCGCUCAUUAUGGGUACGUACAGCCACCACCCAGAGAGUCUCUCCCGGUUGGUCUCGCUGGUGAUUUACCAAUUCCUGGGUCGUAAUUAG